GUUUGUUUGAGGAGUUGGUGAGACAGUUGUAGUUGAAAGCAGAAGAGAGGAGGCAGGUAGAGAAGAAGGAUCGCCAGAUGUUUACAGAUCAGCUCCGGACCAAUCAUGAAACAAACGAGUGACCAAGAGAAACUUCAACCUCAGUGACUUCCCCCUUCAGAGGAAAAUGCAGCUUCAUCUCAAGAGAAAGACGUCUCCUUGUUCUCCAAACUCUCCUGCCUGAGUGUGUUUGAUCCUGCUUUUAUUUGGAGGCUUUAAAGCAACCCAGCAGUUCAUCUGCUUGUGACUGACAGUGAUGGCUCCUCGGGGUCAAAAGCUCACCUGGAUUGUGCUGUCAGCUCUUCUGCUGGGGUUGACCCGCUCCGUCCACAGUUCCCUCGUGAAGGUCAACAAAGGUUUAAAGGUGAAACGAGGUCAAUCGGCCUUCCUCCAGGAGGGCGACCUGCAGUUCCAGAUCCCCCGUCAGAAGGAUGCAUGCAAGGUGGAGGUGGUGCUAAAUGAGCCGAUCACUCAGCGAGUGGGGACGCUCAUGCCUCAGGUAUUCGAUUGCCACUACCUGGCUGAUGAGAUAAAAUACGUCCACAAUGGCUGUCCGCUACUGAAGGAGGACACUGUUAAGCUACGACUCUACAGGUUCACAGAGACAGAGACGUACACAGAGGUAUUUUCUCUCCAUGUGGACGUCAUAGAGCCAGACUGCAGCGUCAUAAAGCUGGGGCCCAAAUCCCUGCAGGUUCCUGAGUUCUACGGCCUCUCUGAUGCCGUGGAUGGAAACGUUGUGUCCUUCAACUACGAGAGGAGGUCCAGUCUGGAGUGUAGCAUCCACCUGAGUAACCAUGACACCCACCUGCCAGCUCAUGGUCAGCUGGUCACUGGAGAGCCGGAGAAAGCUACGAAGAGAGGGGACGAGCCAGAGAGCUUUAUUCUCCUCCGUCAGCAGCUAGAUAACAAAGAAAGAGCAAUGUGUAAAUCUGAAGACUGUCUGAAGGGUCUAAAGUUGGUCAAGUUCACUAAAAUCCCCUGUGAUGACUUUUUGAUGAUGGGGCUGAAGUAUCAGCACAUUGACCCUCCAUCUCCAGACGUGGACUACAUCGCUAUCAGACUGGACCUUAAGGACACCAGGAGCGGAAGCAUUUAUCGGUCUGAACAGGCCUGGAUUCCGGUGCAGAUACUUGGUGCGAUGCCCAACCAGCCUCCCAAACCGUCCUUCAUGUCCAUGUUCAUCCUGGAGGUGGACCAGUUCAUCCUCACUCCGCUCUCCACCGCCACGUUAGACGCUGAAGACGAGGAAACUCCCAAACAGCUUCUGGUUUUCAACAUCACCAAACCCCCCGCUGACGGCUUCAUUACCCAUCUGUCUGAUCACACUCGACCAAUCUCCUCCUUCACAUGGCUCGACCUCAACGACAUGCUCAUCGGGUAUCAACCUCCAAACUCCUCACAUACACAACGCAGGAAUUACGAGGUGGAAGUUCAAGCUCAUGACUUCUUCUUUGAGAGUAGCCAAUCAAUGACAGUUCACAUGUCUGUAAGGAACGCAGACACCAACGCACCCAGAGUGUCCUGGAACAUGGGUCUCAGUCUGUUAGAGGGUCAGUCCCGGCCAAUACUGUGGGAGCAGCUCCAGAUUGUGGACAACGACAACCUGAAUGCUGUCCGUCUCAUCACUGUGGACGGUCUGCAGCAUGGACGGCUCACUGUCAGAGGUGGAAAGGGCUUCAUGUUCACUGUGAAAGACAUCAAAGAUGGCGUGGUCCGCUACCACCACGACGACAGCGACUCCACCAAGGACUUCAUCGUCUUGCGGAUCACCGACGGCCCCCACCAGACCCGACACAAGUUCCCCAUCAAGAUCCUUCCGAAAGACGACAGCCCUCCGUUCCUGAUCACCAACAUGCUGCUGGAGGUGUCUGAGGGUCAGAUGGCCCUGCUGAGGGGUUCCACCCUGCAGGCCUCCGACAUGGACUCCAGCGACGACUACAUCCUCUACAACAUCACCCGCCCCCCACAGGCUGGAGAGGUCAUGAAGAUGCCUGGACCAGGACUCACAGGUUACCCUGUCGGACACUUCCUGCAGAGAGACCUGUCACAGUCCAUGGUUUAUUAUCGUCACCUGGGGAAUGAGGUGUUUGAUGACUCCUUUGAGGUGGUACUGUCAGAUUUUCAUGACCCUCCAAACCUGUCAGAACCUCAGGUUGUGGUGGUUCACAUAGAACCAGUUCCAGAUCAACCACCUAAAGAGGUUCCCGGUUCCAGUCGCUGCCUGCUGAUCAAAGAAACAGAAGUGGUCCAUAUAACUCGACAACAGCUCCACUUUGUAGACCAGGAGUCUCCGGACAGUGAGCUCACGUAUACGGUCACUACCCCACCUUUCUACACCAACUCUCACAAUAAUCCAGACGCAGGGAGGUUGUUCUUGGUCGACAGCAUCCCUAAAUUCACGAAAGACUCCAAUGCACCUGUGCUGAGGCUCUUCACACAGCAUGCAGUAAACUUCAUGAAAGUCGCCUACAUGCCGCCCCUCAUGGACAUUGGUCCUUACCCUCAAUACAUCCAGUUUUUUCUGUCGGUAACGAACCACCUGGGCAAAACCGUGACUGGGAUCUGCUUUAACAUCACGCUGGUGCCAGUGGACAACCAGCCUCCACAGGUGAUGAUCAACCUUCUGACUGUAGACGAAGGAGGGGAAUCCUGGCUGGGCCCUGAACACCUGCUGCUCUCGGACGUGGACUCCAUGGAGGAGAGUCUGCAGGUGGAGCUUCAGAAGGAGCCUCAAUAUGGAGCUCUGCAGCUGGGCGGCCUCACACUGAAACUAGGACAGGCGUUUACUGUGCAAGAUCUGAGAAAGCUCAGAGUGAGGUACACUCAUGACGGCUCAGAAACCUUAGAGGACAACAUUCAUUUCACCGCAACAGAUGGCACCAACUCUGCCAGUUUUGUCUUUCAAGUCAAUGUGAUGCCGAUCAACGACCAGAUCCCGGUGUUGGUUCCUGGCCUGAAACCAGUCCUCAGCUGUGCAGAGGGAGAGGACGUCAUCAUCACAGCUGAGUAUAUAUACGCUACGGACGCAGACAGCGAUAACAGCAGCCUCGCCUUCCUCAUCGCCCGGCAGCCAUAUCACGGUGUCGUGCUACGAAGCGGUGUCAUCAUCGACCGCUUUAUCCAGGCUGACAUCACUGCGGGAAUUGUCAGCUACAAACACACAGGUCUGGAGAUUGGACUCACUCCUCGCCACGACACCAUCACCUUUGUCAUCUCUGACGGAGAAACAGAGAACUCUGGUCUUUGCUGCAGUGAAGGAAAUCCCUCCAGGACCAGAGAAAAGACUCAGCUCAGAGAGAGUCUGCCUGUCUACGACCUCCAGAUCACCGUGUUUCCAGUGGACAGUCAGCCCCCUUCUCUUACUGCAGGAGACAUUUACAUGGUGGAUGAGGGCGGGUCUGCUCCGAUAACCACCUCCCAUCUGAGGGUCUCUGAUGUGGACUCGGUCCUGGACAAGCUGGUGGUCAGUCUCAUUUCUCCACCUCAGUUUGGGUACAUCGAAAAUGUUCUGCCGAGUCCUGGCUUUGAGAAGAGCAACACAGGCAUCAGCAUAGCUUCCUUCUCGUACAAAGACAUCAUGGACGGUCAUGUGAACUACGUCCAGUCCAGACACCAGAGGAUGGAGCCCACAGCUGACCAGUUCAUGCUCAGCGUGUCUGAUGGCAAACACAGCUCUGCCCACGUCCCCUUCUACAUCAUCAUUAACCCGACAAACGACGAGAUCCCGGAGUUUGAGGCCCGCAACAUCACUGUUCGAGAGGGAGAAAUGAAGCAGUUGGACCUGUCUGUGUUACGUGCGAUGGAUCUGGAUGUUCCUCAGGACAUCCUGCUCUUCAGCGUGGCCAGACCCCCGCAGCACGGCAGCAUCAUCAGCCACAGCAGAGAGAAGAUGGUUCACAAGAGGCGGGAGUCCAAUCCUCCAGUCGCUGUGGACGACUUCACGAUGACAGAUCUGUCAAAUGGUAUGGAUCUGAUGUACCUGCACGAUGACUCUGAGCACAUGGACGACAGCUUCACCAUCCAGCUAACAGACGGCAGACAUCAGCUCCACAGACAGGUGAUGGUUAAAGUUCAGCCGGUCAACGACGAGGAGCCCAGAGUCAUCAGGAACAACGGGCUGGAGGUGGAGCCUGGAGAGGCCCGGCUCGUAUCCAGUGUUGUUCUGUCUGCAGAGGACAGAGACACUCCUUCCUCAGAGGUUAUGUACGUGUUUGAGAGUGUUCCUGCACAAGGACUACUACAGCUGAAGGAAGGUCAGAGCUGGGUGACCCUGACAGCCGGCAGAAACUGCACCCAGGAGAUGGUGGAUAUGAACCUGCUGCGCUUCAUGCACACAGGCCUGCACGGAGCGGACACACAGGACUUCUUUGUUUUCUACCUGUUUGACGGAAAGAAUCGAUCACCUCUGCAACACUUUCACAUCUCGGUCAAAGAUCUGGAAAAAGGGAACAUUGCCAUCUUUGUGAAGCCGGUGAGUGUGAACCGAGGAGAUCGGGUCGUUCUCACCACAGAUGCUCUGUUAGCCACGGACAGAACAGACAAACCAGAGGAGCUCCUGUACGUCGUCACACACCCUCCUGCUCACGGACACAUCGAGUACAUCAAACACCCCGGGCUGACCAUCUCCACCUUCAGUCAGAUGGACGUAGCAGCUAACCUGGUGGCUUACGUUCACGACAACAGAGCGAGCACUCCCACAGAAACCUUUCAGUUUGUUGUGAGUAACGGUAAGACAACAAAAAACGGAACCUUUGAGAUCAUGGUGGAGAUGGUGGACCGCGUGCUGCCGUCUCUGACCUCAAACAAAGGCCUGUCCGUCCCACAAGGAUCCUCCAUGAUCCUUAGUCCAGACUGUCUGGCUUUAUCUGACCCUGACACUCCUCCCAGAGACCUGACCUUCGUCCUCCUGCAGCCUCCGCAGUACGGUGGCCUGAUUUUAGGAGGAAGAGCUCUGACUGAUGGAUCAAACUUCACCCAGAGAGACUUACAGGAGCUGGAGGUGACGUAUAAACACGAUGGAGGGGCGGCACAGAUCGACAGAUUCGCCUUCUCGGCCUCUGACAGCAGCAGACGAGGCUUCCUGCUGGACGGGCGGUUACAGACAACACCUGUGUUCUUUACUAUUCAGAUCAAGCCUCUGGAUAAGUCGCCUCCGGAGGUUGUGAAGCUGCUUCCUCUCUGGAAAGCUGAGCUCUUAGACGACGGGCGAUAUGGGAUCUUUCUGUCGUCUCAUGAGCUGAAGGCCGAAGACAGAGACAGCAGAGACGACGAGCUGAUCUUCAGCAUCACUCGACAGCCGUACUUUGGUUAUCUAGAAAACAUCACUACAGGUGGAUUUGUCCCGCAGCGCUUCCCUCAGACGGAGCUGAACAGAAGAUCAAUUGUGUACAUCAUCAACCCGGACAGAGAGUCUCUGUCAGACAGUCUGGAGUUCACAGUGUCUGAUCCUUUAGGGAACACCGGGUCCUCUCACAUACUGGAGUUCAGCUGGUCCACCGUGGAGCUGUCUCAGUCUCAGGUCUCUGUGUGUGAGGAUCGAAGGACCGUCUCUCUGGACAUCAGCCGAAAAGGAAACUUAGCAGAGUCUUCGUACGUCACAGUCAAGGUGAAGGAGGUGACGGCAACAGCUGGUAAAGAUUUCCUCAUUAGCCCGUCUUCCCUCGUCCAGUUUGACCCAGGAAUGUCAAAGAGGAUGUGGCAGACCGAGAUCAUUCAGGAUCAGCUGGAGGAGUUUGAGGAGAAGUUUGAAGUGCUGCUGGUCGCUCCUGAGGGAACGGUGAUCGGACGGACUGACAAGGCUGAGAUCGCCAUCAAGGACUCAGGUCGGUGCAGACUGAACCAGAACCGUGAGGCUCCUCUCCUCAGAGGUAAAGAGAUCCGGUCUGACAAGUAUCCCCCUCAUGGAUCCAUUCAUCUCGAGAAACUGCCGCUCGGCACAGAAGCGGUCGUCUGGAGUCGAGGAGACAGCAUCCCUAGACCUUCACCGGAUGCCACGAAGAAGAAACUCAAAGUUCGCAACAACCCAAAGACGAUUGCCCCUUCAUCAGUCUUUCACAACGGGACGGACAUUGUUUACACGUAUCAUGGGAUCAUGCAAAUGCAAGUAGAAGACGACACCUCUCCAUCGAGGACAGGCCGGAAAGCAAACAUCCGUGUUGUGCAGCACGCGGCAUCAGCUCCCCAAAACAAGAUCUCAAAACCUCCAAAGAGUGGGCCAGCACGAGCACAUGCUUCAUCUGAUAACCUCGUACACAAACCCUGCGUGCCAGAGCUGAUGGGACUCCUGCACUUCAACCAGAGCACCAACCAGCUUUUCCACUGCAAUGGCGUCAACUGGAAACCCUGGGCACCCACUGAUCAGAUGGUGGGCGCUCAGAGGUGUCCUCAGGGUUGGACCUUCCAUGCUGGGCGCUGUUUCAUCCUCAGCACCGAGCACAGAGUCACGUGGAGCACGGCAAACAGAGCCUGCAGAGAGAGAUAUAAAGGCAGUCUAGCAAGCGUUCUCUCUAAAGCUGACAUGGACUGGAUGUGGGACUUUAGUGGAAGGAAACCUUUUUGGAUCGGCCUGAAUGACCGGGAGGGCAGAGGACGCUGGGAGUGGGCGGGCGGCGAGUCGGUCAGCUAUACAAACUGGAGGAAGACGCCACCUCGCUCGAAAACGAAGGGCAACAAAAAGUGCGUCCUGGUUUGGAAGAGAGCAAAAUGGCAAAUCAGGGACUGUAAGACGAGCAGAGGUCAUCGCUUCGUGUGUUCAGUGAAAACAUGAAAACACAGAAGCACAGCCGAGAGGACAGACUGAUCCUCAGGACUUUUAAACUUUCCAACAAGGAGCAACUGGAACUCUUUAUGUCAUUGUUAAUGAAUCUAUAAUGUGACACUUAUUAUGUCUGAGAAGCUACGUACUAUGUGAUGAUGUUUACACACAUUUAUUUUAAUUAAACACUGAAAGUAUUGUUAUAUGUAAAGCUCACAAGGUAUGUUUUAGAAUUUAUUUGAGGCAUUUGUUGACAUUUUCUCAGACGAACUCUGCACUUCUGUUGUUCAGCUACAUGAAUCACUUUAUGGUACACAGAGCCGUGCAACAGCAACCUCUUGAAAGGCUCCACACUUUACAAAGUCUUAAAACUGAGCUGUGUUCAUCAUUCAUCAGAAACGAAUAAUCUGCUAACAGAGCUGGUAGUUAAAGCUGGUGGGAAAUGAAUAAAGCGGUCUGAUCUUAAAGAUCUGAGUUUUUUGUGGACACCAUGUUGAAAAGAGGCUGUGAGCUGAGCUGCUGCAAGCUUUUCAGGUAAGGAUUCCCUCUGUGUCUGUCUGCACUUGUGUCCUCCUGUCCCAAAAGACUUACAUUGUGACAAUAAUCCUGAAAAACUCUGUAUAAAGCAGUUUUACUUUAAAAUAAGUGUACUUCUCAACAGGGCUUUGGGGGCUAUGAGCUGAGCUGCUGUUGACUAUGGCUCACAAGCUGAAUUAUAUCCAUCACAAGCUUGUAUUAUAAAGUACUAUAAAAUAACUGUGCCUUAACUUUAAACAAAGAGAAGGUACUUUACGACCUGGGCUCUUUCAGUGCUCUUCUGCAGGGUUUUGGGGGCUGUGAGCUGAGCUGCUAACUGUAGCUUAAUUUAAGAUUUUAGAACUAUCAGGACUUGAAUUCACACACUAAGAAAGUAAAAUGAUCCUUAAGAAGGCUGUGCUCUCUUCCUGUUCUAAGCUGAUGUAUCAUAAUAAAUCCUGGAAAACACUGAA